AUGGUAACGCGCGCGUGGAGGCUCAAGCUCGCGCAAUUUUCACCGAACUGCGGCGGGAAGUCCGGUAGGGGAAGCGGCCCAGGUGGGAUGAGAUAUUUAAAGGUCAUCGCGGCGCUCGGCAGGCAGUGUACCUUCGUCUGUGUCCCCGUGCACUUCCCAUCGGCUGCCGAGGAGAUCACUGUGUUCAGAAUGAGUGUGAAACUUGCGAUGCUGGUCCUUGUGGGGGUGUGUUCUGCCCUCCCCGCAAAACUACCAGGGCACGCUGCAACUGGGUACGUCCCACCAGGACAUGCCGCACCAGGACAUACCGCACCAGGGCAUGGCGCGCCGGGGCACGGCAUCCCUCCCGGGCAUAACUUCUCCUUCCAGUCGAGCUCAUCCUCGUCCAGCUCUGGUUCGUCCUCGAGCCAGAACUCCUCUUCGGCCAGCUUUUCCUCAUCGUCUUCCGGGUUUGACUUCGACAGCUCCUCGUCCAACUCGGCGUCGUCUGCAUCAGAUAGCUCCUCCUCGUCCUCAUUCUCGGGAUCUGGAUUUGGCAACUUCAAUGGUGCAGGAGGAUUCUUUGGCGCUGGAGGACUGCCCAAAGUUGAAGGAGGCUCCAGCCAAGGAGGCUUCCACGCUCUCAACAACUUCCUCAGUUCAAACGGAUUCAACGGCUUUUCUGGGCUAUUUGGCGGCAACAGAGGAACUGGCGGCCACGGCUCCUCUGCCGGAUCGCACGCAUCAUUCGCUGGGGCAGCAGCUCAUGCAGGUGGAUCAGCCGUCGGCUCUCAGGCAGGCGGCCAUGCAGGCAGCACGAGUGGUGUCCACACAGGAGUAGCUGGGUCGUCUGCUGGCACUCAAGGAUCAAAUGUUGGCACUCAAGGAUCAACGGCUGUGGUUCACGGAUCUACUAACUUCCAGUCUGGAACACAAGGUUCAAAUACUGGAGCUGUUGGAGUUCAAGGGUCUGCCACUGCUGGUCAGUCUCAAGGAGUAGCUACUGGAGCCGAAGGAUUUUCUGGUGAGUCCCAGGUUGGGUCUUCAGUCCAUUCCCAGUCGGGAGAGGCAAGCGCUCAGGGAUCUUCUUCUAAUACUCAAUCUGCCUCUACUGCCGGAGGAUUUGGAUUGUCUGCAGGAGUACAAGGCUCUGAUGGAACUCAAGGAUUGCAUAUUGGCAGCCAAAGCUCUGCUGGCGAAGCCCAAACUGGAACCCAGGGGCUCUCCGGUGAAUCCCAGUUUGGAACCCAAGGCUAUUCAGCUGGAUCUUCCACCGAUUUCCAGGCUGGCGCUGAAGGAGCAAGUGCUGUAACUCAGGGAUCAGCCUUUGGCGUCCAAGGAUCCUCUGCUGGGACUCAAGGAUUCACCGGAACCCAACAUUCUGCCACUGGUUUCCAGACAAAUACACAAGGAUCAAGUCUCGGAACCCAAGGAAAUCAAGGAUUUUCCGGUGAAGCCCAGGUCGGAACCCAAGGGUUUUCUGGUGAAACACAAGUAGGAACCCAGGGAUUUUCCGGUGAAGCCCAGGUCGGAACCCAAGGGUUUUCUGGUGAAGCUCAGGUUGGAACUCAAGGAUUUUCCGGUGAAACGCAGGUCGGAUCCCAAGGAUUUUCUGGUGAAGCCCAAGUUGGAACCCAAGGAUUUUCUGGCGUAUCCCAGGUCGGAUCCCAAGGAUUUUCUGGUGAAGCCCAGGUUGGAACCCAAGGAUUUUCUGGUGAAGCCCAGGUUGGAACCCAAGGAUUUUCUGGCGUAUCCCAGGUUGGAACCCAAGGAUUUUCUGGUGAAACACAAGUAGGAACCCAGGGAUUUUCCGGUGAAGCCCAGGUAGGAACCCAAGGAUAUUCUGGUGAAUCUCAGAUUGGAACCCAAGGAUUUUCUGGUGAAACCCAAGUAGGAACCCAGGGAUUUUCCAGUGAAGCCCAGGUCGGAUCCCAAGGAUUUUCUGGUGAAACCCAGGUUGGAACCCAAGGAUUUUCUGGUGAAACCCAGGUUGGAACCCAAGGAUUUUCUGGUGAAACCCAGGUUGGAACCCAAGGAUUUUCUGGAGAAACCCAGGUUGGAACCCAAGGAUUUUCUGGCGUAUCCCAGGUCGGAUCCCAAGGAUUUUCUGGUGAAGCCCAGGUUGGAACCCAAGGAUUUUCUGGCGUAUCCCAGGUCGGAACCCAAGGGUUUUCCGGUGAAACCCAAGUAGGAACCCAGGGAUUUUCUGGCGAAUCCCAAGAUGGAAGUCACGGAUAUUCAGCUGGAUCUUCGAUUAAUUUCCAGUCUGGCACCGAGGAGACAAGUGCUGCAACUGAGGGAUCCUCAUUCAACACCCAAAUUGGCGUUGAAGGGACAACUGCUGGGGCUCAGGGGUCAUCCGCCGGAGCACAGGCGUCUGCCACUGGUUUCCAGUCAAACGCAGAAGGGUCGGAUGUUGGAGCCCAAGGAUUUUCUGGGGAGUCCCAGUUUGGAGCCCAGGGAUCUUCUGGAGUAGCCCAGGUUGGAGCCCAAGGAUUUUCUGGGGUGUCCCAGGUUGGAACCCAAGGCUAUUCAUCUGGAGCAACUGCUACUGCAACUCAAGGAUCUUCACUUAAUACCCAAUCUGGCACGCAAGGAUCAGCCACUGGAAUCCAGGGCUCUUCAGUUGGAAUUCAGGGAUCUUUUGGAUUCCAGGCCGGCAGUCAGGGAGCAGUCGAUGAAGCUUCUGUCGACUCGUCCUCAGAAACCCAGGGGUCAUCGGGCGAAUAUCAGGAAUCAGUCGAUGGCGCUCAGGACCUCUUCAGUGGUUUGCAACUCGGCUCUCAGGGAUCAGACGGUGACUCCCACGCUUCCUUCGGCGCGGGAAGUCAGACCACCCACUCUGGCACAACUGGAUUAAGUCAGGCCACGUCCGGAGCACAGGACUCUUCUCUCGGGAAGGAAAUCACGUUCCCUGAACAAGUGUCUGGACCUGGCAUAUCCUUCCAAGAACACCAUCAGUCUCAGUUCCCCCUAGAUGUCCAACAGGUUGCCGUUGAGUCGUCCUUUGACGAUCUAUCACAGAGUUAUCUUCCCCCAGAUGAGCAGUGAUUCGCUUCGGUCUUGUUUGUUUCUAGUCGUUCAGGUUUUGACGUGAGAAAAGCUUGUGGGUGAUGACCAGUAUUAACCGAUAUUCCAUGUACACUCCUUGGAAUAAAGCGUGUUUUAUGUUAUCAUGAUAUUAAUAUAUGAUUUCUCUUAUGUUCGCUACUUUAUAAGAUGAAGUAUAUCUGAACAUUAAAGAUUUCCCAUAUUCA